UUGAUUCAUUUAAACAGGAAUAUUAGAUCAUAUGUUGAGAUGGAAUCUUGAACUGGUGAGUACUCAAUCUUCCAACCUUUGGAAUCUCGUCGGGUCCAAAGGGCCAUCUCAGAGACGCUGUAAGUGGCGACAUGGAUUCCUAUCCCUUCCCUUACUCUUGACCCCCACACAGUAUAUUCAUUUUGGCAUCUCUUGCAUCAUCUCCACUCUUAAAGCUUAUAUAAAUCCCCAAACGAAAGCCUGGGGGUCACAACAUCUCCAUUCUUCCUUUUCUCUUUCAUUUGCUGUUGCGCGCAACCUCUGAAGUUGCUUCCAUGGCUGCCAACAACACAGAAGGGUCUCCAGGCACUUCCAUGCACGGAGUCCAUGGCACAAAGUCGGCAUUUCCCCUGUCUGUGGCUUCCCCUGAAGUCCCCACAGAAGCCACACCAUGGUUCGCAUUGCCUGUGGACUCCGAGAACAGGGCGAAAGUGAUCAAAUUCUUGUCCUUCAGCAGGCCACACAUGCUGACCUUCCAUCUCUCAUGGCUCUCCUUUUUCACCUGCUUCGUCUCCACCUUCGCCGCCGCUCCCCUCGUUCCGAUCAUCCGCGACAACCUGAACCUCACCAAGGCCGACAUCGGCCACGCCGGCGUCGCCUCCGUGUCCGGGACCAUCUUCUCCAGGCUCGUCAUGGGGGCCGUCUGCGACAUGCUGGGGCCGCGCCAUGGGUGCGCAUUCCUCCUCUUGCUAUCGGCGCCGGCGGUGUUCUGCAUGGCCCUGGUGUCCACCGCCACCGGGUUCGUCGCCGUCCGGUUUGUGAUUGGAUUCUCGCUGGCGACUUUCGUGUCGUGCCAGUACUGGAUGAGCGUCAUGUUCAACAGCAAAAUCGUGGGAACUGCCAAUGGGACGGCUGCUGGGUGGGGUAACAUGGGAGGGGGAGCUACCCAACUCAUCAUGCCACUCUUGUAUCAGGUGAUUCACAAGAUGGGUGUUACUCCAUUUACUGCGUGGAGGAUAGCCUUUUUUGUUCCUGGACUCAUGCUUCUCAUCAUGGGCAUCCUUAUCCUCUGUCAAGGACAGGACCUGCCGGAUGGAAACUUGAGAACUCUCCACAAGAAGGGAGAUGUUCACAAGGAUGAAUUCUCUAAGGUCUUGUGGUGUGCGGUGACCAAUUACAGGACAUGGGUCUUUGUCUUUCUGUAUGGCUACUCUUUAGGCGUCGAGCUUACCACAGACAAUGUCAUCGCCGAGUACUUCUACGAUCGGUUCCACCUGAAACUCCACACUGCCGGCAUCGUUGCUGCUAGUUCCGGAUUGGCCAACAUAUUUGCUCGCUCAGUUGGUGGACUUGCGUCUGAUUUUGGAGCUCGAAAAUUCGGCAUGCGCGGCCGUCUGUGGAACCUAUGGAUCCUGCAAACUCUAGGAGGUCUCUUCUGCAUUUGGCUAGGAAAGGCCAACACUCUACCACUCUCGAUCUUGGCCAUGAUCUUAUUCUCCAUAUGUACACAAGCGGCAGAAGGGGCGACGUUUGGCAUCGUUCCUUUCAUAUCCCGGAGAUCCCUCGGCGUAAUUUCCGGCAUGACGGGUGCCGGGGGAAAUGUGGGUGCUGCUUUAACUCAGUUCCUUUUCUUCACCAGCGCCAAAUACUCUGGUGCAGAUGGGCUCACCUACAUGGGCGUGAUGAUCAUAGCUUGCACCCUCCCGGCCACUUUGGUGCACUUCCCUCCGUGGGGGAGCAUGUUCCUGCCGCAAUCGAAGGGCGUCACCGAGGAGCAUUUCUAUGCAUCAGAGUGGACCGGCGCGGAGAAAGAGAAGGGACUGCACCAUGGAAGCGUGAAGUUUGCAGAGAACAGCAGGCCUGAGAGAGGCAAGCGCGUGGCAUCCGUGAGAACCCCAAUAGAGACCACACCCCCGCGUGUGUAGUCUCCAAUUUAAUUACCCUGUACAUUUCACGUGGCUUUACACAAUAUAAGCAUUGUAGUUAUG